AAAAUAGAAAGUGUCUCGCUUUUUCUGUCAGAAUUAUAAUUAAUUAAGAAUUAUCAUCGGAUUUUGUUCCGAAAUUCGUCUUAAAAGGAAAAAAAGUAUGUUUUGUUUAUAGUGGAACUUAAAAGACUUACGAUAUCUUUUAUUUGUUAAUUUUAUCAUAGAUAAAAUGACUCAGGUAGAAAAUUAGUUUAAAUCAAGGGUGAUUUAUCAGACUAUCAACGUCGUGUAUUUAGGAUAAGAGGUAGACUGUUGCGGGUUAAUGCGACUAAUUUAGCUUAAAUUACCACAGUAACAGGAAAAUUUCUCCAUCAGUGUAUAGGUGAAGUUUGAGAGACGAAUACCUGCCAAUGUAGGUAUGUGAAGAUAACGGCAUGGAUUAUAGACACCUAUGUUUCAAUCAGUGUUUUGAUUUAAAGGAAUACGUGAGAUGUUUGAGAGGGCUAACGGGAUUAAUUGAUAAAUAUUUAUAUUUAAAUCAUCUAUAUUGAUCGAAGUGUUUUAACGCAAAUUUGAAAUUUCACGAAUAUAAUGUUAUUUUUUCUUGCUGUGUAUCUGUAAAUAUGAAGGAUUUAGUGAUAUAUUAAAUUCGAAAAUAUAUGGCAUAUAGUAUUUUGAUAAAGAAAGUUUAAAAUAAGAUUAAAAUAUGAUUUUGACAGUCAUUUUGGUCCUUCAGACGGCAGGGACAUUGUUUGGUGCACAAAUUUUACCUGACCCUGAUUUAAAAGCUAUACUUACAGGAAAGAAGAGAAAUGGAAUUAGUCUCAGAAAAAGGAGUAGAUUUAAUGAAGAAAAUAAAAGUGAUUCGAGAGGGAAUACAGAUGAAAAUGUUCCUGAAAAAUGGCUUGUAGAUGCGAUAUUUUAUGACGAUUACCAAUCAGAUGCUCCUGCUGCUCCAAAUAUGGCGUCGGAAGAUGUGUGUCCACCGGUUCCGGAUGUUGUAUCAAAUGACGCAUGUGCAAACAAUUCGUGUCAAAGAGAUACCGAUUGUUCGGAUGGGUACAGAUGUUGUUUUACCGGAUGCUCUUUUACUUGCCUUCUUGAAGUUCAGCCAGCCGCCCUUGUCGACUGGCGGAAGGAACCAAGAAGAUCAAGAUCUGGAAUCUCCUGGUUGAUCAACAAACCAAUUACUGACGAUUCCUCCAAUGAAGUUGAAACAUGCAGCACCAGUCCCAUUGAAUCUGACGAGGACCCUCUAUUAUGCCCCCAGGGAUAUUUCUGUCACGUGACCGAUCCUGGAAAUAUAAAGGAUGGAAUACCAAACAGUGGAUAUUGCGUAAAACAUAACGAAGAAAAAUAUUCCCCUGGAGAAGAUAAUCUUGUAAUUACAUCAUCAUUGAAAAAGAGAAAGACAUGCGCAGUUGACGAUGUUAUAUUACUGCAUGGUGCAAAAAUACAACUGAAAGAUAAAUUUUGUCGCUGUAAAAAUGGACAUCUUUCAUGUAGAGAAAGAGGUAGAACAUCUAAUAUAAAGAAAAAAUAUAAAAACAAUAAAAGUAAUACAAGAAAUAGAAAAGAAAAACGCCAAAGAAAAGGUAAAAACAAGAUGCAUUCCAGAGAGACCUGAUAAACCUACUUAUCUAGUUACACCUACAUGUAUAGCAAUGAAAUAAUUUCCUUGCAGCUACAAAACAGCACCGUUACAUAUACUGGAUUGAGCUCGCCAGUGGAGGAAAUGACAUCAUAGAAUUGUCAUUCCUGUGACAGAAUUGAUGUACAUAUUGGAAUAUUCUACAUUCUAAUAUAGGAAGUGUAUACAAGAAUUUGAAAAUCCCAUGAUACGAAAUUACUGAAAAUACAUUGAAAUUCAUUUACAGUGUUUUUAAAUCACAUCUGAAUUAGAAAUACAUAGUUCUUAUUUCUUAUGUUUAUGUUUUUAACACACGCUUCUUUAGUUUCGCUUUUCGCAAAUCAUUGUUACAACUUCCAUCUUGAAAAGAAAUUCAUAAUGUUUUAUUAUUUAGAAUCACUUUGUGCCUAUUUUGCAAAAUGUAUGUAAUGAUUAUUGUUAAUAAAAACUAUGUUAUGUUAUGUCUACAAAAUGUUUAUUCUGAAUAUAAUGCCUACGGUCCCAAACAUGUAUUAGAAAACCUCUUGAUUUUUUUGUACUUGCAAAUUUAAACAGUUUAAAUAAUCUGAAUAAUACAUGUAUAUCAAGUUAAACACAAAGAGUUUAUCACAUUAAGGUAAAGGAGAACAAGGUUCCAUUUCUAUAACACUGUAAAGGGUGUGGUCUAUUUAAUGUUUUUGCCUUACUAAAUUGUACAAGGCCAUGUCAUUCAUAAAUGCAAACAAUAAGUGAGGAAAAUUACUACAUCUA